UUGCCUGAGCAUCAGAUGCCAAACUGACAGCUCUGGCAGCGCGUUGUUGACAUUACCAGUGACAUUCAGUUGCAUUCAGUGAUUACGAGGCGAAGGUACUCACAUCAUCCGUCAUCACCUGGACAACCUCAUCCCCGAGGAACAUCCGCUCACCACCAACUCAUUACCCGGGUGUUUAAACGGGUAAGGGGAUGCAGUUGAUAGUACUCCCUGGGAUCGAUCAUCGGUGGGUUUCAUUGACGGAUUUUUUUUUAAUCGAAUUGAAACGGUCUUCCGGUACCUGAAUUAACAAGUGAUUGGUGGACUGUUGUCGGUGAUGUGAGUGGAAUUGAGGUGGAACAGGUGUUGACGUUUAUUUCGGAAUGAAUUCUGGUGGCGAUGAUCUGGGCGGACUAGCUGGGGAGGUAUGGAAGCUGAAGACAGCCUGGCUCAUCAGGGCCUUCAUCAGCAGCUCGCCCUACCCUCGGGAAUCCCCGGUCUCGAUGUCGUAAGGGCCCUUCACCAGACGGUAAUAUCCCUGCGAAGUGCAUUGGACUCGUCUAAAGCGGAGCUCCGUCGGCUCCGAGAGAUAGUCGGUGAUUAUCACACCGAAAAUUACAUCGAGACCGUUGAACGCCUGUCUCUGGAGAAUCACGUACUCCGUCGACGUAUACUCGAUAAAGAUAAUACGAGGAUAAACGAUGAACCAGUGGAUACCGAACCGUCGACGAGGGCCAACGAAAACCCUCCAGUACUUUUAAUAAGUGAACAUCCUUCAGAAGUUAAAUCGACAAUGGACGAGGCUGACUCAUCAGCCACCGAAAUAAAGGAGAAUGCCAAAGGGGAAGAGGAGAAUUCUCAACCGGAAGUUGGCGAUGUCGGGGAGGUACCUGUAAAGAGCACCCAGGAUCUCCUCGAUGUACCGGAAAAGGAUCCGGAGGACGUGAGCCUCCGGAGUGUAUCAGAUGGUGAUAAUUCCGUAUUCAGUGACAAUCCCGAUUGCAGCAAUCUCCAAUUGACGCCUGAAGUGAAGAAUGCAGAGUCGGAGAAUGAGUCUGAGGAGCUCGAUGAUAUAGAAUUGAUAUUCACGACUGAAGAGACAUGCAGCAGAGACGUUGCCCUCCAGGAGGAUCUCGUGUCAAUCACCGAGGGUGAGACCUGGCAGCACAGCGCACAACCUGUUCUCCUCAAGUACACCAAGACCCGUGAGGAGCCACUGGUAUGCAAUGGUGAGAAAACGGGGAACAGCUCCGUCGAGGAGGCCCUCUCAUCCCAGAGCUCAUCCAUCGAUCGCGAGGAGAGUGUUGAUAGAUUUGACGAGAGCUCCAGCAACAGGCUUAAUAAAAUUUGGUCACAGUGCUCUGUUCUUGUUGAAACUGAUAUCAGCAAGUGUGGAGUUGUUGAAGAGACUGACAGUGGUACCAGGCAUAAUGCAGCCAGGAGAAAUACACUUGCAGCACCACCAACUGCUUACAGGCCCAUUAUACAUCGUGAAGCGGUUGCUGCGGGUAGGAGAAAGAGCUCUGCACCUCUGCGUCCUGUCAUGGAUCGCAGCUGCGGUGCAAGACGUGAAUCCGGUGCUCAAACAGAUAUCUCAGCGCUUCCUGCACAAUGGCGCUCAGAGAGCUAUCUUGCGCACAAAGUGGCUCACACAUUCACCACGUUACCCAGUAAAUUUGCACUUCCUGCUGGUGUUGCUGGUAGAUUGAGAAUAUCCGACAAAACGAGGAGCGAAGCGAGAAGGGUCAUGCUCUCUGAUAUAAGUUUCACGAGUAUGGUCCCAGAGUUAUCCAGGAGUGCUGAUCAUCUCUGUCAUGAUGCCCACUCUCAGAAUUGCUUCAACUCUCGUGGAUGUGGAAUUCGCACACCAGAUGUUAAUCGUCGAGAGUCCCUAGGUUCUCCAGCUGGUUACUGGCCACGAUGCAACACAGGCACUGGACUUCCAAGCCCCUGUGAUUGUCGGCUAUCAACGGAUCUCUAUUCCUCUAGAUAUCGUGGAUCGUUGACUUCGAUUCCUUCCCCUGGGCUUGAGGUCGUUGGUGGACCACCCAGGAGGCACUCCUGGCGUGCCAAUGCUGCAUCCUUCGAUACCUGGAAGGUUCCAGCUACCACUUCCACACCCAGGCCCACCUGGUCCUCCAUGCCAUCCUCACCGACUCAUAUUCAUCCACCAGGCGUCAGGGGCGCGAAAAAUCCACCGAAACGAACGCGUUCCAAAGUUACGUUUCAGGAGUGCCCGAUGAUCAGGGGAAGUCUCCCGAAUUUACGGUCAGAUGUUAUUGCCAGUGAGAAUAGUGGGGAUUCCACUGAAUCUCUUAUUGACGAGGCUGAGGAAUAUCUCAGACGCAGUAUCGAUUCCAUGUUGACUAUUUCGAGUGAUUAUUGGAGUCGACAGUCAGCCAGACGGAGACGAGCCAGGAGACACUCCGAGCCGGACCUCUUCAGGGAGUGGAAUCCACCGCAGGACGCCAGGCCAUAUUUACCAAAGAUUCCACGAGAUUUAAAAUUGGAUCACCUAGUGAAAGUGAUAUCUCCGGAGGGUCGAGUGCUUCAAGGAAGAGUUCGGUACAUCGGGCCAGUGCCAGGUAGAGAGGAUAUUCAUGUUGGUGUUGAGCUACCCACGGAAUCAGGCGGAUCUGACGGUACAUUUCAUGGGCGACGUUUCUUCGACUGCGAGCAAGAUCGUGCUGUAUUCGUUCCCUUCAAAAAAGUUGUUCUCGCGUGGUGCACCACCUGACCCGAACCCCCCGGUGGCGUCGGUACCGGCUCGUUCCCAACGCCAAGGAUUCUUCUCUCUCAGUACACUAUGUAAAAUCGAUACAGCAAACCACGGAUUAUCGUACAUACUUCGAUAAAAUUUAUCGUGAGUAAAUGCAAACAAGUUGGAGGGAUGGCUGGCGUGUCCCAGGGACUCCUGGGUGUUUGACCACUCCAUAUUUUUUUUUUUCGGACAUCAAAGGAAGAAAUGAAAGUGUCUUGGACACGACGAGACAAAUCGACCUUCAAUCGUCAAUAUCUCCGGACGUGACGACACGAUUUCCAUAAAUCUCGUAUGAAUUUCAACUCUGGAAAAUUAUCUUGAAGCUCAAGGUAAAUAAUUCAAAUUUCUCUCUAUCGCUCUUGAAUUAUUGAUGAUUGAUUGGUCGAUUAUUUUGGGGUAGUAAGGGAUAGGGUGAAAUGAUGAGGAAUUUAUUUUGCGAAUAAUCUUGCCGAGAUAGAAAUAGAGAACUAGGCAGUACAUGAAAUAGAUUGAGGAGCUUUUUAUGAAUCAUAUCGAAGGGUCUCGGAGUGGCCUCGAGCUGGAUUUGAGUUAUCAGUUUGGAUAUUCUGGUAACUGUUAAAAUAGCAAACAUAGAUGUGUCUCUAUGUCAACGUGUAAACUGAUCGUCAAUGGUGGCGGAGAAGCCACUGAAUGGUUCAAUUAAUCUGCCGUACCAUAACGGCAGAGUAUAUUGUUUAUUUUAUCAGAUUAAGGAUGAUGUUUUGGGGGAGGGGGAAUUGAGUUCAAGUUGGCUGUCAAUUGCCAAUUCACGAGGGUACCUGUCGUUGAUGACUGACGUUCAUUAAAUUAUUACAUUUUCCGGUGGUCGAUUCGUUAUUUCCGUUCGAUUUGCCUUAAAAUUGCAUUAUAUCCCAAUUUAUUGAGCAUUUUCUCGAUUUAUCUAAUGAACUGUUGAUGCGAGGAGAAAUUGUCAAAAGGCUUUUUUGUCGGGAAUUUAAUUAACGGCAAAAAAAGUCAUUUGGUGUUUUAGCCUUCGAUCGAUAGUUGUGGCGGUAAAUUGGUAAUUAAGAAAGAUGUAAAUUGGAAUUAUCUCAAUUCACCACUUUGUUACCAAAUUAUUAGAAACCUUAGUGGUUUCCAAUGGCGGUGAGUCCUCCAUCAACACCGUAAACUCGAUUAAUCGCACUAAAAGCCCUCACCUAAUAAACUCCAUUCGAAACUCGUGUGUUACGUCAAAGUUUCGUUAUCGUUUUCACCGAGUAUCUCAGGCAACCAGUGAAAAUGAGGCUUCACAUCGCGUGUCAACUCUUCCAUUCGUAAAAAUGGAAAAAUUCAAGAUGCAUCACAAACGGCCAAACACACUCCACCAAUUAAUAACGCACGUAUGAAAUAAAUUGAUUGAAAAUCUCAAUUUCUCAGAGGGUUACCCUGAAAUUUCUCAAGAGAGCGCAAGGUUUUUUUAUUAAUUUCUUUCAAAACGUACGAUUUAUCGCCAUUUCAGUACAACUACGCAUAAUCUUUAUUUUUCGUUAUGUUAUACUUGAGUACAAUUAAUUUGUGAUGAUGCUUACGUUUAUUUUAGUUUAAAGUCUCGAUGGAGCAUUGGAAAAAACGCAGUAUUGUUUAUUGACUUACAAAGAUUAGGAGUCUCUUUAGAGAAUCAGAGGGUCUCGGUUUAUUUGAAUUAUUAGGGAAACGCCAUGGUGCACUGUUUUAUUCCCAAAGUAGUCGCUUUACCCCGCAAUUUAUUUAACUAGAUCUCGAUUUUUAUUUUUUACUUUUCAUUGAGUUGAUGAAUUUUUUACGUGCACGUACUUACGAUGGACCUUGUUUGGAAAAUUGUUUUUUUUUUCGUGGGAGGACGAAAUGAGGAAAGAUAAUGCAAACGUACCUGCUUCGAUGAUCGCGCGAAUUGUUUAAGGAUUUUUAUCACCAAGAGUUCAUUCCAUUUUUUUCUCUGGGAGAAUUACUUUAUCAAAUAAAAAAUUGACGUAUAAAAGGAAUAAUGAGAAAAUUAAUCGUAAUAAUAAUUAAAUCAAUGAGAUCAAAUUGAUUUGUUUAAACAAUUUUGCCGAGUACUUUUAAAACUGGAUAAAUAUCCUUAAUCGUGCGAUCAUUAAAUUCUGUCUCUGUCUACAAUCGCGAUUGUAAUCUAUUGAUUUAUAUAUAAAUAUGAAUAUAUCUGGAGAAUCUAUAUGAGAUAUAUAUAAAUGCGUAUAUAUAUUGUAUAAAUAAUAGGAAAAGGAGUGAGGGGAGUAGAUAACGGAAUGUUUCCAGGAAAUAGAGUGAAUAAUAUAUGGUUAAUCGAUGGAUGUUGGAAAAUCUAUUAAAUUUUCAGUGUCUCGGUGUAACUAGAUAGAAUAAUUUGGCAUUCAGUGAUAUCGAGUAUCAACUCGAUGAAAUAACGGAUUAUUACGAUUUAGUUGAGAUAGAUGCAGUUUUAAUAUAUUUAAAUACAAAAUACGUGUAUAUUUUUUACUUUUCCAACGAUUUGAUUACGAGAAUUUUCAUUACUUUUUUUUUUAUUGAUUUUCUGAAUUGUCUCGGUCCACCAAUUCGGUCGCAAUAUCGAAAGUCGUUGAUAAAAAAUGGUGAUAGACAUGCUCUCUAAUUUCAAUCGAUCCCGACGCGGGUUAUCGGCAAGUAAUUGAAAAUAUUUGUCUAUUAAUAAUUUGUUAUCGCACCAUCAAACGAGAUCUCGACGAUGCGUGGAUCGGACUAUUUUAUUUAAUUACCAGAGUAAAAUUUCGCUUUAAAAUUUGAGUCUGAGAACAAAAAAAAAA